UUGACGAAAAGCCAUAAAAGGAAAUGCGGCUGUGAGGUAUUCGAAGCGGACUCACAUCAAUCACAGUAUGGAGACAGCAUCGAAUCAAGUACCUGCCUCCUACCCCACCCAUACAUGAAAGCAGAGAAGCGAGGAAAGAAAACCUCUAACGAGAGAGGGAGAAAGCAGAAAAAUCAGGAAGUAGCUUCAAACGCUUCUGCUAACAAUUGA